AUGCUCUAUCUUGUUACUCAAUCCAACACUAGCAUCCAAUCAGCCAUCACUAUGAAGGUCUCCGUUUUCGUCCCGGUCCUCUUCUUCUCCGGCGCUCUCGCCGCCAUCGGCAGUUACUGCAAGGACAGCAAGGGUAUCUACGGCACUUGUCAGAAGGUCAACAAGUGCAAAUCUCUCAACGGAUACACAAAGACCAAUCUCUGCCCCGAUGACCCGGACGACGUCAAGUGCUGCUUCUACCCGGACUGCAACAGCAACGGCUACUGUCAGAAGGAUAGUCUUUCCUGCAGUGGCACAUACUCCACGUGA